GCGGGCCCGCACCGAGGCGCGGAGCGCGGCGCACGGCGGCGGCCAGGGCCGCGGGCGGGCGGGCGCGGGCGGGCAUGGCGGAGCGGCGGCGCGCGUGGAACACGGAGGACGACCUGCCCGUGUACCUGGCGCGGCCGGGCAGCGCGGCGCAGACCCCGCGCCAGAAGUACGGCGGCAUGUUUGCCGCGGUGGAGGGCGCCUACGAGAACAAGACCAUCGACUUCGACGCGUACAGCGUGGGCCGCCGCGGCUCGGCGCGCACGCCGCGCAGUGCGGGCCGGCCCGACGCGGUCGGCCUGCCGGGGCCCGGCGGCAGCGAGGACACCGCCAGCGACGUGAGCGAGCCCUCGGGCUCGGCAGUCAGCUCCCCCGGCGAGCGCGACGAGCGACCGCCUGCGCUGCACCUCCGCUGCCCCGCGCCCCGCGACCUGCCACUCGGCCGGGACAAUGGCCAGGUACCCUCGGGGCGCGCGUGGACCGCGGUGGGGGGCGGGGCCCUCGGGAUCCCAGGGUGCAGGCGCCCGGAGGACGGUGCCCCUGCCCGAGUACCAAGGCCAUGGCCACCGGGCUUGGGAGAGCUACAGCACGACCCCUCCCCCACCUCGUCCUGGGAGGUCCGGAGUGGGUGUGCGGUUCGGCCGGGUCAGGGUUGGCCGGCAGAGUCCGAGAGACCCGAAGGGACCGCCGAGGUGUGGUGGCGGCUCCGCGCCUGCAGAGCCGGGUUCCGGGAGGGGAAGUAAGUUGGCCAGAGAUGCCGCACGGACCCCCAAGAGGCGAGGGGACCUCUGGAAUAGUCCCACCCCGGGCGCCGGUUCCCGAUCCCUCGGUCACUAAUUACAGAGCGCCUGCGGCGGACCCGCACCCGGCGGGGUUCAGCCGCGGUCACACAGCUUCCGGCCACGAGGAGCCUCUCGCGGGCGCCCUCCACCCAUCUGGGAAGGACUUGGGUACUGACUUAGAUCGCUGGACACCCCUCCCGCGAGCGCCGCCGCCCCCGAGGGCUCCUCGGGCACAGCCACUGCCCACUGCCCAGAGCAGGCUGGACGGGGAGCUGGGGUCGCGGAACCUGGGUCUCAGGCCUCCCGACUCCGGACUCGGAGGGCGCUUCCCGGUGGGAGCGGCAGGGAGGAGGGCACUCGCUCCAGGCCUGGGGUCCCGCAGGGCCUCCCCUUUGAUGCCGGGAGUAGAGGAGUCAACGGGCGAGAGCCAGGGCCGGCCCGAGAGUGGGCAGCCGCGUGCUCCCCAGAACCCAGUCCCCGAGUGCUGCUGCGAGAGGCACGCAGGGUGCUUGGCUCCCCAGCCAGACCCCACCCUGUGGAAGUUGCCGGGGUUGGAUGAGUGACAGACGUUGUGAGAAUUAAAUCUGUGCGGAGGUAGUGAGCGCUCAGGAAUUGUUCUCUGUUGAGUUUUAUGAUCGCUUUAAUGAACCCUGCUCCCCGCUCAGUGGCCAUGCGAGGCAUUAAGCGCACCAGAGGCAGGCAAUGCUUGACCUGGGCAGAAAUCUGGGAGGGCUUCCUGGAGGAGCCGGAGGCCGCCGGCCGGCGCCCGG